AUGGACUACGGCAAAUGCAGAAGAGUUUCAAUACUGAACAAUGACGAUAACCCAUCAUUCGCCGUCCCGCGCAGUUCACCUAGAUCCCUGGGCUCUCUCGCUGCUGAUGAAAUGCAACAUUCGCGACGCGGUUCAAUACACCUGGAAGAUGAUUCGACCCGAAUACAAUCCUUAGCACACCCGCCGGCGAUGUUAGGGUACUCGUUUCCUCACGGAGGCCCGACGGCGUCGCCUGUUCAAUUUCCAACUCAUCCUCCCUGCACCCAAACUCUGCUUAAUGGACCUGGUGACAUGAGAGCGCAAAAGCCAAGUAAGAAGAACAAAUACCCUUGUCCGUAUGCGGCAUCACAUUCGUGCCCUGCGACCUUUACGACUUCUGGCCACGCUGCUCGACAUGGAAAGACGCAUACCGGGGAAAAAAGCGUCCACUGCCCCAUCUGCAAUAAGGCCUUUACCCGAAAAGAUAAUAUGAAGCAGCACCAACGAACACAUCGCACGCUAGACAGAGAGAACAGUCCGCCCAAUCUGAGCGGUAUCUGGCCUGAGGGUGGUUGGUCAAACGCUAGCCCUGUGAGAAUAGAGCCAUGUGCGCAUUCGCAGGAAGAUGUUGAAUCUCCGCUAAGCUCGACAGUAAGCCGGCCCAGUAGCUGGUCGAGCGGGCAAGUCAACCAUUCUCGUCAUGCACCGCCAAACUUUUGA